UCUUCAGUGCGCACCAACCGCGUAUUUCAUUAAAGGUUGACUGCCUAGUCAUACCACUUACAUGAUGUGGGAAGGUUUCGAAACUAGGUUAUAAGCCGCACCCCUUGUUUUGUCGUUAAACAGCCUUUGUACGGAAAUAGGCUUUUCCUUUGAACGCUGAUGUUACCUGCUGUUUCUAAUAGAGAUGCGCGUGCAAUUGUUUAUAUAAGGGGUCUUUUGGAGCAGGAGAACUGUUCACAGUCACACACGGACUGUUUCUGGACGCACUGUUAACACUGUGGGAAAUAUUAACGAAAAGUGAUCUAAGAUGAGGUUUUCGUUAGUCGCCCUCGUGUGAAGAGUGUCUAAAGGUUUGUUUUUGUGUUUUGUUUUGUUUUGUUUUGUUUUGUUUUGUUUUGUUUUUCUCAUCUUCGCGCGCGUUUGUUUUCGUAGCAGCUACGAGUUUUGUAAGCAAUGACGACGUCUCUGAAGUCCCGGAUGCUGAAAUUUCUCGUCCUGGCUGCUCUCGUUGCUCUUACAUGGUAUGCUUUUGAGAAACGCAGUGCUUCGCUACCACCUAAACCGCAUCGCCUUCUACCAGUGGAGUUAUACAAGAUAAUCUCUCCAUUGAAUUACAAAUAUCUCCUCAACCAGCCUGAUUUGUGCCAAAACAGGAAGCCUUUUCUGGUUCUCCUGAUCCCUGUGACACCUCAGAACUCUGAAGCCAGGAUAACUAUCAGAAAAACAUGGGGUCAAGAGAACCUGGUCCCAAACGUGGACAUUGCCAGGGUGUUCGUUCUCGGAGAACCGAGAGAACAUGACCCGAAGCUUGAGGAGGACCUUCAGAAAGAGAGCGUGGCAUACAGAGACAUCGUACAAAUGGACUUCCUGGACACUUAUAACAAUCUCACUAUUAAAACCAUGAUGAUUAUGAACUGGGUGGCCAGCUACUGCCCUUCUGCCCAGUAUGCCAUGAAGAUCGACGCAGACAUCUUUCUCAAUGUGCCUUAUCUUGUAAAGUACCUCCAAAACAAAGCCAAGCACAACUACAUCACAGGUUCAGUCAUCAACGAUGCCCAUCCUCGCAGGCACCAAGACAGCAAGUGGUACAUUUCAGAGGAACUGUACUCGGCGAACAUGUUUCCACCCUACUUGGCUGGUGCUGGGUAUGUCUUUUCAGUUGACCUGGCCAAAAAGAUAUUAUUGGCCUCCAAGUUUGUACGUCCAAUCCCAAUAGAAGAUGUUUAUGUCGGCUUGUGCCUGCAUUUCUUAAGCAUUCGGCCUGAGUUUGCGUGGACGCUUUUGCCUUACAGGAACCUGUUCGAGCUCCGUUGUUUGGAAUAUGACAGAUGCACUUUUGCAAGACUCAUCAUUGUUACAGGUUUUACUUCCACAAAGCUCAUGAGCAUGUGGACUGAUUUCCAGAAUGCUGCAUUUUCAUGCUGAUGAUUCAGCACUUCAGUGAUACACUGAAAUCUAUAACCAAAGUCUAUGUGAAAUCAAUCAGGAUCACUUAGUAAACACUUGGUGGCCUUUAUGAAGUAUCUAUAGUUUACUUAUUGACCACAGCACUGCAACGUCAUGGAGAAAUGCCAUUCUCUUAACAGAAUAUCAGGAUAAAUUAUUAAACACUGUUGAAAUGUUGAACCUGGUGCUCUUAAAGAAUAUUUUAUGUGCCUUACUGAAUCGAAAAACUGUUUCCACAUAUUAUGGAAUAUUUUGUUUGUUUGUUUUUGUGUUUUAUUUUAGUAUUAUUUUGGUUAUUAUUAUUAUGUUUAUUUUUGUAAUGUUUCAUGUUUGUUUAUUAUUUUUAUCUAUUUUUGUUAAGUCUUAUGUUUUUUAUUAUGUCUAUUGGUAUUAGUUCUGCAAAAACCAAAAUUAAACAUUCAAAACAUUACAGGCGUCCAACAGACGAGGGCGCUCUUUUCCUUUCAAAUGCCA